AUGCCACCUGUGACACCUCCCCAAAUAUGGCCUACUCGAGACUCCCCUGAUAACCCUUUCCUUGCUGGCGAGGGCGAAGCAAGCGUAUCUAAGGCAGGCGGCUGGGAGAGCAACAAUGACGAAUUGCCCAUUGGAGAAGCACCUGGGUGUGAAAGCACGCCCACUCCAGCACCAGUAUUUGAGGAGAAGCCAACGAUAACCCAUGUCUUCCAAGGCCAAAAAGCAACCUUCCACAACCCCCAAUAUCAUCUUACCCCUGAAGCCAUUGAGGCAUCUAAACUGCCAAUCGAUCAUCCAGACUUUGAAUGCAGACCCUGUGACUGCAGCCAAGCACCUGAGCGUGAAAGUACACCCACUCCAGCACCAGUAUCGGAGAAGAAGCCAACAAUAACUUACGUCUUCCAAUUCAGAGGCCACAUCACAUCCAUGAGCCCAACCUCAUGCAUCAUCAGCGCAGCGCUCGCCUUCGCCCCCAUCUACACUUUUUCUACCAAAGCCACCCAUGACACCUCCGCUCUUCCUUUGUGUGCUACCAUCCUCCUUGAAUUCUAA